CAUGCUUUUUGUUUCAGUAGGAUACUGCUGUCCUCGUUAGGUUUAAUUAUUUAUUUAUUUAUUUUAGUCGUAACUCAUGUACCGGUAAAUCUUGCCUUUUCAAUUAUCCCAUCUUUCCUCAACGUAAUGAUUGUACUUUCUUAAAAGUUUUGAAUAUCAAAUAAUGUAUAUAGAAAUUUUUGUAAUUUUAGCCUGCAUGCUAAAUCUGUAUUGUGUCACAUAUGGAACAAAAGCAACAGGUGAUUGAACGUUUAGUUGAAGACACAUUUAAACGUAAGUUACCAGCUAAAAAAAACAUGGUAUUAUAAGAGUUACGUUAUUAGUACUCGUAAUUCUGGUGUCAAAUAUAUAAUAAUAAAAAAACAGAUAUAACUUAAUAAUUCUAUUUUUACCCGCUAAAAUAAAUCACACAUGUAACGUUAGCUAGCCUGUUAGCUUGCUAGCUCAGAGAGGCUAUCUUGGGGUUUUGGCUAGAGUAUGUUGUUGUAGGUUAUGAUUGAUUUUCUAGGCUUUUCAUGUACAGUUGAAUCUUCCUGACAUGAAUAUGAAAAACAAAAAGAAAACGGAGAAAGAACGGAGCUUUGAUUUGAGCUGCUGGUCCUUGAGCGAAGUGAGCACAACAAAGACCUGCAGCAUCUUCAGUUUUGUUCCUCACAUCAUGAACAUGAGUCGAAUGGCCUCUGUUGUUUCAGUGAAGACAGAGAAGCGUCCUUCCCCUGACUCUGAGGAUGGCGACACAGUGGCUAAGAAGGCCAGGAAGUUGUUGCCCAGCCUGAAGACCAAACGUGCCCCUGAGCUGGUGCUGGUGAUCGGCACUGGGGUGAGUUCAGCUGUAGCUCCUCAGGUGCCCGCGCUGCGCUCAUGGAAAGGUCUUAUCCAGGCGCUGCUAGAUGCUGCCAAUGACUUUGAUCUGCUAGAGGAGGAAGAGAGCCGCCGCUUCCAGAAAAGUCUGCAAGAGGACAAGAACCUGGUGCACGUUGCUCAUGACCUUAUUCAGAAACUUUCACCGCGGACGGGAAAUGUGCGCUCCACCUUUUUUAAAGACUGCCUCUACGAGGUGUUUGAUGACCUGGAGUGUAAGAUGGAGAACGUUGGGAAGCAUCUCCUCCGCUCUGUGCUGCAGUUGAUGGAGAGCGGUGCUCUGGUCCUCACCACCAACUUUGACAACCUGUUAGAGAUCUACGCUGCCCAUCAAGGGACCAAGCUGGAGUCUUUGGAUCUCACAGAUGAGAAGAAGGUUCUGGAGUGGGCUCAGGAGAAGAGAAGACUAAGUGUACUCCAUAUUCACGGUGUUUACACCAACCCCAGUGGUAUUGUACUGCAUCCUGCUGGAUACCAGAAUGUUCUGAGGAACACAGAAGUCAUGAGGGAGAUUCAGAAACUCUACGAAACCAAGUCUUUUGUGUUCCUGGGCUGCGGGAGGACAGUGGACGACACCACCUUCCAGGCACUGUUUCUCGAGGCAGUCAAACACAAGUCUGACCUUGAGCACUUCAUGCUGGUGCGGCGCGAGGACGUGGGCGAAUUCAAAAAGCUUCGAGAUAACAUGCUGGACAAAGGCAUUAAGGUCAUCUCGUACGGCAACGAAUACGCCGACCUGCCGGAGUACUUCGAGCGGCUGGCCAACGAGAUUUGCAACCGGGAUGUGGACCGGGACGUAGUGACCAACGGUUGGGGAUCUCCCAUCUCACAAGGCGAAGAGAGUCAAAAUGGCUUUACGACCCAGAAAAACCUCCUGCAAGACUUACACUCGUGACACAAGUGGCAGUCUGAGAACAUAUCCACAGCUCCGCCGCACAGGUCUGGCAUGACUAGAUCUUCACGCACAACAGACUCCUUUCUCAUACUUAAACCGAGCGCCGUCAGUACCGGUCCGCUUCACACGGGAAA